AUGGCUGAUUCGACGCCAGCAGUACCCAAACUAACGUCAACCUCAUCACCUCCUCUACUCAUCAAGAAGCUGUCUGAAAAUGCCACAACGCCGACCCGUGGCUCUGCAUUCGCCGCCGGAUACGACCUAUAUGCCGCCAAACCCAUCACUAUCCCUAGUCGGGGCAAGGCCCUGGUGUCGACAGACUUGUCCAUUGCGACUCCUGAGGGCACUUACGGCCGCAUAGCUCCGAGAUCCGGCCUGGCGGCGAAGAACUUCAUCGACACUGGCGCGGGUGUCAUCGAUGCCGACUAUCGGGGCGAGGUCAAGGUUUUGCUCUUCAACCACGCCGAGAGCGACUUUGAAGUCCAGAAAGGUGACCGCAUCGCUCAGCUUGUCCUCGAGAGGAUCUACACACCAGAGGUCGUGGAAGUGGAGAAUUUGGAGGAGAGUGUGCGCGGCGCUGGCGGGUUUGGAAGCACCGGAGUCAACGCCUCUUGA